UUGUAAUAUCGCGCACUUCGUACUCUAGUGUGGCUUCCAUCCAAAACUUCCAUAAACAAUAAAUAUGUUGUGUAUAGAAAAAUAAAAAAAGAUUUUGUAAUGCGAUUGCGACAGAUUGAUUAGAACAAUGUUUAAAAUAUCGACACUGGUGGUGUUGCAUUGGUUAUUUGUAUUGCAAGUCCUUUUCUUUUUGGGUUCGAAUGCAAAAUGCCCUGAAAAAUGCAUUUGCAAAAGCACCAAUACAACGACAUCCACCAGGAACUUAAAGGUGCGGUGUGAUGUGAACAAUAAUGAUAAUGUAUGGAGUUGGACAUGGCAAAAUUUAACUUUCGAGGAAGACGCUCCCAAUGUAGUAAUGUUAGACCUGAGUAAAAAUGGCAUCACCACGAUUGACAAAGAGAAUUUUCGAAAUCUAACAGAACUGAAGCGUUUAGAUUUGUCAGGGAAUAUGUUGAAAACCAUCGACAAAACUACAUUUGGCAAUGCUUUUGAGAGUCUGGAACGCUUACGUUUGGCAAACAAUUCCAUAGCCCACAUAUACCCCGGAUCAUUUGACCAUUUAAAAAACUUAAAGAUAUUAGAUAUAUCAUUUAACCCUCUGGCCUGCGAUUGUGAUCUUAUGUGGCUUGUCAAUUGGUCAAACACCCGUUUUGUUAAAUUGCAACCACCACCCAGAUGUGAGUCGGAUGAUUUCAAAGGGAUGUAUCUAAAAAAAUUAAAAGUAGGUGUGGACUUGUACUGUGAAUCGCCGCUACAGCCCCUGUUGGAGUUCAUACCAAAACAAAACCAGGUUGUUUUUGAAGGAGAUGAACUAAUAUUAAAAUGUAGAGCACCCCGAGUAGCCAUUGGUGGACAUCGCGAAUCCGAAGAUUUACCCACAAGAGCACAUGUGUUUUGGGGCUGGUCUGAUAGAAUACGUCCCCAAAAUUCUACGGAGGAUAUUGUCUACCGUGACCCUGUUCAAAUAUUUAAUGACGUAUUCUUGGAAAGUAAACACACAACGGACUCGGGAAUAUUAAAUUCUGUUUUACGGGUAGCAAGUGUGCGAAAGAAUCAUACCGGAACGUUUGAUUGUACAUUAAGGUCGCAACAAGCCAAUCUGUCCCAUGCAAUUUCUGUUAUCGUUAUUGCCAAAAAUACGCUAUAUUGCCCGGCCAUAGAUGUUAAAACUAACAAGGGAAAUUAUCAUUGGCCUCAGACUGUUCGUGGGCAGACUGUUGAACAGGAUUGCGUUGAAGAAUCAAAUGGCGUACAAAUGGCCACAUAUUACUGCGAUGAUUCAGGUAAUUGGAUUGAUUUGAAUACACAGGCGUGUUCAUACGUUAGUCGAACAACAAGGUUGUUAGAGCAAUUUGCAAAAAUGGAUCUCAAUUUAAAUAAGGCGAACGUGCUCGAGAUCGCUAGAAGCGUACAUAAUUUUACACACACUUCUUCAAACCUUCGACGUAUUCAAGACCCAAUUGACUUGGAGUUUGUUGCCCGAACAUUGGUAAAAUACCUGGACUUUAUAAAAUAUCAAAAUGAAUUAGCUCACUUAUUACUUGACAUUGUAUCGCAACUCUUAUCAUUGCCCUAUAAAACAUUUUACCAAGCACAACGGGAAUAUGAAAGUGGACUUAAGCUGUUGGGAUGUGUUGAGGCGGCAUCUUUAGAAUCUCAUACCCAAGAAGAUUCACAUGAUUUGAAAGAUGAUUUAAUAUCCAUGCCUCGAAGUUUCUAUGUGGACUAUUUCAGUGUCCGCCCUGAAUCCUUUUCUGGAAUAUCAUGCGUGUGGAUGCAAACACUCAGUUCAUCUUCGUUCGAGUGCAGUACUUCGAACGAUUCAUUUCCGUCAUUCGAGCGAUACAUCGACGCUGCCAUUGAAAUACCAGUCAAUUCUUUGUUUGAUAACAGAACAACUGUCAACCGAAAUAUAAAGUUAAUGGUGGCUGUGUUUCGAAAUGCGAACUUAUUGCCAUAUUUAAGCGACGAGGACGAUAACAUUCUAUCGUCUCCUAUAAUUGGUGCCAAAAUCAUAGGUGAAGAUGAAACGAGUAAUGUAAGUGCAGAAACACUUUCAGAUAUGGAUGAAAGAUAUCACAUUGUAGUCAUACUAAGAGUCCAUCCUUAUCAUAACGAGCGAAGCAAGCCAACGCCAGCUUGGUGGGAUCCACAAGAAAAAAAGUGGGUUCCAACGGUUUGCCAACAAUUGUAUCUACACCGUGGACUUCUCAUGUUUACUUGUAAACGUUUAGGUUACUUUGGAAUAAUUCAAAACAAGAAAUAUUUAAAUGAUUUCAAGAGCGAAGAUGCAGGAGCCAGAUUUCGAUACCUGCCAUAUCCAAUAUAUAUUGGAACAUCUGUGCUUUUCAUUUGUUUGAGCAUCAAUAUAGUAACAUUUGUUGUAUUUGGUAGAGCAAUACGCAUUAACCGACAGCAACGACAUACGUUCAUAAAUACGUGGAUGUCUUUAGCCUUGCUAUGUCUAGUAUUUUCUUUGGGAAUUUAUCAGACAAAGCGUCAGGACAAUUGUCGUGUCAUCGGAAUUCUCAUACACUACCUAUCGUUAUGCAUACUAUUGUGGUUGUGUGUGAGCUUAAGUACCAUGUAUAAACGACUUUCUAAGCACCACCGCAUCAUAGAUUCUGAUUUGCCGAAAGAAGCUCGUUUAAAAAAACCAAUUACGGGUAUUUAUCUAGUUGGAUGGGGCAUUGCUCUAAUGAUAUGCGGCAUAAGUGGAGCCGUGAAUAUUAACGAAUACUCUGCCUAUUCGUAUUGCUUUUUGCAUACUGCCUCUGCUAUGAAUGCUAUUCUUGUUCCUGGAGGGAUUCUGCUCAUAUUUCUUGCAAUACUUUUUCUAACUAUAUACUAUCAAUUAAAUCAUCGAAGUUCCGUCGCUAACAUGAUGCAAAAUCAUCAGUUUUCGGACAACACUCAAGCAACAGAAAAUAUAGAUAUGGAUUGGCUCGAUUCAACUGCCCCAGGCAACCAAACUCGCCGUACGAAUGCCACUACGAAGUCCUAUAACAUAGAUCAAUAUACAAGCCUUACUAGCAAUACUGCGGCCAGCAGUAUUGUCGACGAUUUUGAACGAUCUAACUUGUCCCAUCUGAGAGCACAUUUUAUAUUUUUGGUACUCUAUGUAACAAUUUGGCUAUCCGCUUUAGCUUUUGUUAUGCACUCUUCUCAGGCGGAACAUGAUUCAAGCCACAUGUAUUGCGUUAUAUUUACAAUUUCAUGCUGUGUACUCGGAGUUUUUAUGCUACUUUUCUUCACACUAACAAGGAAUGAUACACGCCAGCAGUGGGCUCAAAAUCCAUGUUGUGGGCGACAACCUAACGAGGGAUAUGAUGAGAGUAACUACAACGAUGGUAUUGCCCCCGUCGCUAACAGUGUAUUGGCAUAUAAACCUUCAUAUGAGGGUGCUAAUAAUUCUGGCGCAUCUCGAUCUAAUUCUCAGUGUUCAAAACAUCGCUCCGGCAGCAUACGCAAUGGAAACGUUGAUGGUACUACGCAACAUCUACUAAGCGUAUCAACAUCGUCAGCACCACAGCCUGCAACGAUAAUAAACAAUCAGCAUAUUACAGGCAUCGGGGUAAUGUCACACGAAAUACCCAGCGCAGAGAUCUUCUACAAUCCAAACCAAAUAAAUGUGGCACGUAAAUUUUUUAAGAAACAAAAACGAUUGGCCAAAAGGAAUAAUUUCGAACUGCAACGACAGAAGGACCGUAGCGAAUAUGGUGGCGCUGGGCAUGGUGCGGAUACCAUGAGUGAUGGAUCAUCCACAACUGGUAGUACCAAUAUAUAUUCCAGGCGACACAAUGCAAUGACAUUGAAACUAUUGAGUAGCGGCGUAGGCAAAGUUAACAACACUAAUUUAAACUAUAAGCCGGACUACACUAUGGGUUAUAAGAAUAGCAACUGCAAUCCAGCACAUCAUCCCUUGUCAAAUUUCGACGAUGGUGGAUUCUUCGUACCUGCGGCUCCAAUUAGCAACCAUAAUGACAAUUCAUUACGGAAACGGGCCACAAUACUAUCGAUGAAUAUUUACACAAAUGUUAAUGAGACAAUGGUACCACAACACGAAGUCCACAAGGUCAAGACGAGAUCCCUCAAACCGUUGGAGGAACACCAUGAAGAGUUAGAGGAGAUCGAAAGCAGUUCUCAUGAUGGUGAAAAUGUUCCUCUUUAUGAAAACACCAAGCCCGUGAAUCAAAUUAAACCUUUAACGAAAAACAUAUUUAAUUCUUCGUUUUCAAGUGUGCCAGUGACCUCAACUCCAAAUAAAAUACUUUUAACUGCCAAAGCCGAAGAUAAUAUGCAAGAGUCGUCCUCCCUACUCUUGGAUAAUGAGGACAAAGAGGCUAUGAACAGCUUAGGUCUACCAUCACCGUCUCCAAACAAUGUUCUUUCCAAGUUGAGCGAAGUAGUCAGUAGCGAUGACGAAGAUGUCGCAUGUAAAGAACCUGUGUUACAGCGUGAUGAAAUUUAUGUAUCUGAAUCGUUACAAAUAACAAAUAGAAUCGAUGUUGGAGAAGAUUUCGGUUCCGUGCUUAUACGAUGCACCAAUCAAUCGAAGCACUCUAAAUCGCUUAACAAUUUGGAUGUUAUCUUUGAAGGCGGAGCAGUGAAAGUAAAAUCUAGCACUAGUGCUGACAAUGACAAAAAUAGUACCAACUAUGGUUCCGAGAACAUUUUGACACAUACUACUCAAAGCGGCGUGAACCCUUCCCGCUGCCCAUCAUUUUAUGAAUCUCAUAACACAAGGGAUAAGAGCAUAUCAUCGACUUCAUUGUGCGCAGGUGAUAUAAAAUCGCAACCAUCCCAGAAGUAUUUGAUGGAUAACGGAACAUCGGUCGAAAGGGAGGCUAAUGUUACCGAGCCAUUUCAUAUGGUGGUUGGUUCCUGUACUAGAUCUGGCAGCCCAACAAAUGAAAGUGACCUGAAUUAUCAAAAUUCAGAAAUAAGUAUACGGAGCCAUGGUUUGUAUGCUCCACAAGUAGACAACGACUUGACCCUAACAGAUGAUUUCCGUUAUCAAUCGUCAAAUGCUAGUGAAGCUGAUAUGGGCUGCCUAAAUGACUUUGAUGAUGAAUACUCAGUUUUUGGAGCCAACAAUUUCAACCAUGACCACCACUUGGAUGAUGUCCAUGAAAUAGAGCACACGGAUAAUGUUGACACAAUAAACACUUCCAUUGACGAACUAUACGAAGCGAUCAAGCGUCGACGCAGCCCUCAAGAUGAACAUGCAAGUACCAUCAUUGUUGAUGGAAAUGCAUGUGAUGAUUUGCCAGACCCUAAAAGUAACGUUAUCGACGACCCUGCAGAAGAUGUAGCUAAAAUUGAUGCAAACGCCGAUACGAAACAUCCAUUCUUGUCACCAGUUUUAGUGCCAGAAAAUGCAACAGAUAGCAGUCAGAGUAGUGUAAUUUCGUAUAUAGAUCCCAAAACGGCUAGAAGUCCUACUAGCUGAAGACAUCCCAUUCAGAUUCGAAGUCAUAAAACAUUUAAAUAUUGGUUCAUUGUAUCUCAAACUAUGAAUUUAAAAAUUAUAAUCUCUUGUACUGAAGCCAACUGCAAAUUUGCGUAACUUUUAAGUGAUUGUGCAUUAGAGUAGUAAGAUUAUUUAUAUUAGUAUUAUCAUGUGCAUAUAAUUAAUAUGUACAUAAAAACAUUUACGCAUGUUUUUUGUAUAGUUGCAUCUCCCACACAAACAUCUACA